AUGCAGAGCAAUGCUCCGCCGCCUUCAGCACCGCCACUGGCAGCCAUAGAUCGAUUUCUCUACAGCCACAACGUGAACGGGAAUUGCUUUCAGAAAGGUUUGAUUGGAGGGUUGUCUCCGGAAAUUUGCGGCGGUGGAAGUGGCGGAAAGUGGAUUGAGAUUGAAAAGUGCCGGCGCGUGGAGGAAAAAUUAGAAUUAGAGAUAGAAGAAUUAGAAGAAGAAGAAGAAGAAGAAGAAGAAGAAAUUAUGUAUGGAUGGGGAAGAAAAAAUAAUAAUCAUUGUGAAAUGGGUUUCAAGGAAAUGAUGAUUAUAUCACCAAAUAUUAAUGAACUGAAAGUUUGUUCAUCCAAAUUCAAGAAAUUUAAAAAGCGUUCUUCUGCAAGUUUGAUUAAAGGACAAUGGACUGAAGAAGAAGACAGGAAAUUGAAAAGGUUGGUGAAGCAACAUGGAGUGAGAAAAUGGGCACAAAUAGCUGAGAAAUUAGAGGGCAGAGCUGGAAAACAAUGCCGUGAGAGAUGGCAUAAUCAUUUACGUCCUGAUAUUAAGAAAGAGAGUUGGAGUGAAGAGGAAGAGAGAAUACUAGUGGAAACACAUGCAAGAGUUGGUAAUAGAUGGGCAGAGAUAGCAAAAAGCAUUCCCGGAAGAACAGAAAACGCUAUAAAAAACCAUUGGAAUGCUACAAAAAGAAGGCAGAAUUCAAGGAGAAAGAACAAACGCCCUAACUCCCAAAACGGCAAACCCCACUCUUCUAUUCUUCAAGAUUACAUCAAAAGCAAAUACAACCCGGCCGCCGUCACGACUGUUCCCGCUUCCACCUUCUCCGAUGACCCUUCAUCUCAUUUCAACCAUUUCUUCUCCGAAUCAUCUGAUUCUACCUCCAACCUCUCGUCGGCAAUCAUCUCAUCGCCAACGUAUGAUGACGAGCUUCUCUUCAUGCAAAACUUCUUCUCAAACUCAAGCGACUUGUUGCCAUUGCCAUCUGCUGACGAUAGUGCAACGAUGUGGAAUCAAUCUACAGUGGAGUUUGGCUCUGUCGACUCAGAACGGAAAGCGGAGAGGCCGAAGAUUGGAGAUGAGGAAAGCAACGUAGCAAGGAGUAGUCACUUGUAUUCUGACAUGUAUUUGUCGUAUCUUUUGAAUGGGACGAUGAACAACGCUUGUGGCGGUGGCGGUGGCGGUGAGAUUCAGAACAUGGCGGAGCUGCAAGUGGUGGCGGCUGCUGGUGAAGGCUUAUGGGAGAAUUCGCAACAAGGGAAGAGAGAAAUGGAUUUGAUGGAAAUGUUGUCUUUCCAUUCUUAUCCUUGAGUUGAAUUGCUAGCUUUUAAUAGUUUGAACUUUCAAUGGAAAUUUUUGAUGAAGGUUUGGAAUC